AUGGCGGUAUCCGUUAGCCGUCUCACUGCGUCGGCCACGUCGCGAAAUCACACGGCAGAUGGUCUAGCCCCCUCGGACACUCAACCUCCCCUCCCGCUACCAGCACCCUCGGAGCCUUGGCCGCGACCGUAUUAUUUCGAGGACGGGUUGCGCCGCGUCUCGCCUUACUUCUACACAUACAACACGUGGUGCAAAGAACGAUGGCGAGGCCGGAAGCUGGUCGAUGUUUUCGAAAGCGAGUUCCGCGAUAGACCUCUCGAGUACUAUCGCGCCGCCAUGGAGUCUGGCCAGGUCGCCGUCAAUGGCAAAACAGUCGGUCCAAAUCACAUCUUGAAAAACGGCGACCUUGUAUCUCAUACCACGCAUCGCCACGAGCCGCCCGUCACGGCCGAACCCAUCGGCAUCAUCCACGAAGACGAUGACAUGGUCGUCAUCAAUAAGCCCUCGGGCGUGCCCGUUCAUCCGGCUGGGCGAUACAACUACAACUCGGUCGUCGAAAUUAUGAAAGCAGAGAGGGGUCCAGCCUUUUCCCCGCGGCCUUGCAACAGGCUCGACAGGCUCACGAGCGGUAUCAUGUUCAUCGCGAAGCAUGCCAAGGCUGCCGAACAGUUGGGCGCCCAGAUCUUCCAGCGAAGCGUCCGCAAGGAGUACAUCGCCCGCGUCAUUGGCAGGUUCCCUGACGGAGAGGUCGUGUGCGAUCAGCCGAUUCUCCAAAUCUCCCCCAAACUCGGCCUGAACAGGGUGCGGGCCAAUGGCAAGCCCGCUAGGACCGUCUUCAAGCGCCUGGCUUAUUACCCCCCCCCUUCCGGCUCGAGCUCGAACGCGGGUCGGAGUGCCGAUGAGCUGACCGGCCAAGCGGAGGCUGCGGAGCGGGGCGGAACAUCAUCCUCUCAACCCGCCGGUAACCGCAAGACAGACGAGGGAUACUCCAUCGUCCGGUGCCUGCCUGUGACGGGCAGAACUCAUCAGUUGAGGGUUCACCUACAGUUCCUGGGCCAUCCGAUCCAAAAUGAUCCCAUCUAUGCCAACCAAAAGGUAUGGGGCUUCGAUCUUGGCUGCAACGACGCCGAGGCCAAGCAGAACACUGACGAAGACAUCAUCACUCGCCUCUCCCGGAUGGGCAAGGACCAAGUCGCGGAUGCGGUGGCAUACUACGACGAGAUGGUGGAUGACUACUACAAGAAGAAGGCGGAAAAGAUGUCGGGCGAAGUCUGUGCCGUCUGCAGCACCCCGUUGUAUACCGACCCGGGAGAUCAGGAGCUCUCUCUCUGGCUUCACAGUCUGCAGUACGAGGAUGCCGAGGGUGCCUGGAGCUACGUCAGCCCUUUGCCGCGCUGGGCCCUGCCGCCAGAGGGGACUAGCGGUCCCACGCAGGUUGGCAGUAUGGAGGAUCUGGUGGGCGCAGCUGGAGUCGCCGGCAGUAUCGAGUAA